CUCUCAAUCCGUAUACGCACACAUUUCUUCAUCGAAGCUCCAUCUGCACCUGCGAUUUCAAAGAUUCAGAGCGAUUUCGAAGCGAUUUCGAAGAUUCAGAUGGAUUUCGAGAUUCAGAGCGAUUUCGAAGCUCCAUCGCCACCGUCAUCUGCACCGGCGAGUUCAUUUUGAUGGCGUCUGAAACCCUAGAAGACAAGAAACAAGAAGAAAUAGCUAACGUCGAAGACAAAGGUGAAGUGAAAGAAGAAGGGAAAACAGAGGAGGGUGAAGAAGAGAAGGAAGCGGAAAAGAAAGAAGAGGAUACGAAAAUGGCGGAGAAGGAAGAAGAAGAUGAGGAGAAGGAAGAACCUGAGGUGAAAGGUGAAGAGAGUAAGGAGGAAGCAGAGGAGGUAAGCAAGAAGGCGAAGAGAGGCCGAAAGGGUAGUUCGAAGAAAGCUGCAAAAGAUGAGAAGGCGGCGAAGAGUGGGCCCGGCUCGAAAGAGCCUGUUACGCCAAUUGAGAGGCCGAUCAGGGAGAGGAAGACUGCCGAGCGGUAUUCGGAGCCUUCGACUGGGAGAAGUGCAAGCAAAGCAUUGUCCAUUGAGAAGGGUCAAGGCACACAGCUUAAGGAUAUACCAAAUGGUAUGUGUUCACACAUAAAUUGUAUGGGUGUAUUAGAAGCUUGAAUAAUAUUUUUGCCUUGAACAUCCAACAAUGCACUAAAAUGUGGAAUUAUUUUAUCUGCACUAUUUGAAAUGUCCAAUCAUUUCAGUUGUCUGACCUGCCUAUUGAAAACCAAAAAAUUUGUAGUGAAGUGUAUAGUUGAUAAAAUCAUAUUGUGAAUCAAAAUAUUAAUUUUGCUAAUUGUGAAUCAAAUUGAAAUGAGAAUUGUAAGAUUUGACACAAAAUAUAAAAAUGAUAUUAAAUAAUCGGAUAUAUGA